AGAUGUGAUCUAGUGGUCUUCUCUGGAGAACUAGUGAGAAACUAGCUUCUGGGCUUGUGGAACCAUUUGUUUCUCACUUGAAAUUUGCAAAAGAUCAGAUUCCAAAAGGUGGGUAUUCGAUUACCCUUCGCCACCCACUUCCAAUGCCUCAUGUUCACCAAAUCUACUUUCGAAAGAUUUGUGCGCUUCGUAAGCACACCAGAGGUUCUUGAGAGGUUUGCACGCUUAGAAAAUGAAAUUUUGCAGAUUGAGAGUUCAGUUCAACCUAAUGAAUUUGCUAACAACAAUGCAGCAGGGCAUGCAGACGAAGGAAGCUUGUCCACUGCCAAUGGGAUUACAAAGCAGUCAAGUAAUUCUUCCAAGCUUAAAGGUGAAAUCGAAGGAACCAAUGAUGCUAUACAAGAAGAGAACUCCAAGAUUCGUCUUCAACGUCUUUUGGAGACUCGGAAAGCCUUACUCCGGAAAGAACAAGCAAUGGCCUAUGCACGUGCUCUUGCUGCUGGAUUUGAAUUGGACAAUAUAGAUGAUCUCAUAUUAUUUGCCGAUGCUUUUGGAGCUUCACGCUUAAGGGAGGCAUGCACCGAGUUCAAGGAACUAUACAAGAAAAAACACACAGAUGGCCUUUGGAUGGAGGAAUUAGCAGCAAUGGAGGCAUACCCCCCACCAGACCUUUCAUUCUUGGGCACAUCGGGGAUAAUACUCACUUGUGAAAACACUGUCUCAUGUCAGAAUAGUGGUGUUUCCGCUGGUAAACUUAUGCCAAAUGGCUCUUUGGAUGCUUCAUCUGACUCAACUGCAAGUCAGGCGAAUUCAGACAGCAACAAAGAUAGUAACGUGCCUCCAUCGGAUCAAACAGAAGUUCAAUUGCAGAUGCCAUGGCCAAACCAAAUUCCUCCAUAUAUGUUCAAUUUUCAAAACUGUGUUCAACAAAUGCCUCCAUAUCAAGCUUAUCCUUUCCCGGGAAUGCAGCCCGUACCUCCUUAUUGUCCCGGAAAUAUGCAUUGGCCUCGAAACAUUGAUGAAACUAGUCAUGGACCUGAUCAACGUCAUCAUCAAAGGUCAUCUUCAAGGAAAAAGGAGAAAUCUCCUAAUGUAGAAGAAUCCAGAACGUCAGAAGAAGAUGAACAAAUUGAAUCCAGUGAUUCUGAUUCCGGGACUGAUUCAGAAGCAAUUGAGCUUCACGACAAAAAGCACGAGCAUAAGAAAAAACACAAAAAAAGGUCCUCAAAAACCGUUGUCAUCCGUAAUAUCAACUACAUCACUUCGAAAAGGAGAAACGAAGAAAAGGACGGAGUGUCCUAUGAUUCUUCCUCGGUUGAGGAUGAGUUAGUUGAUGAAGAUUCCAUUAAACAUAAGGUCGAGGAUGUAGUUGAAUCAUUGGAGAAACAUCAUAAGUCAACGUCAAAUAAUACCAAGAAACGAGGUGGGAACAAGAACCCGAACUUUGUUAACGGAUCCAAUGACUCUGCUGACCAAGAGAACUGGAAUGCCUUCCAGAACCUUCUGAUGAGCGAAAAGGAAGAAAGUCAACAGCCUUCAAAAGUUCUGGAUGAACACUUUACAAUCAAGAGCUCCAUUGACAACAGAACAUCUGAUAAUGUCCAUUUUGUAGACUUUGGUUUGGAGAAAGUUCAAUCCCGAAAGACAUUUGGAACGGAUUCGUUUGUUGUGACUGAACGGAACGAAGUAAACGAAGGUAAAGCUGACUUGGAAGAUUUUGGAAAUGGUGAGACUUUCCGUCCAACUUUGAAAAGAAGGGAUAGUGCGGAGGCAUUGUUGUUUCCACAAAGGUUGGAAGAAUCAAAAAGUGUUCCUGUAGGAACAAUAUCCUAUUGUGGUACGGAGUCUUCCGUGAUCAAGAGCGGGAAGGGAGAAGAUUGGUUUGUUGUCAAUCACUCUGGAAAAUCUGAAAGCCGAGAGGCAAUCAUCGAUCACACAAUGUUUGAUGGUGGUUACACUUUGUCAUCUGAGCGUGAUCGCUCUCAUGUGGAAAUCAUAAGUAAAAAUAUUGUUCCCGUUGAUGAUUCCUUCAUGGUACAAGCUCACAAGUCCAUGGACGAUCAAUAUGAUUCUCACUGGAAAACAGACAUAACCAUGGUUUCGGACCUAAUUGUAGCCCGUCAACCUGAAAAUGGCACCCCCGAUGCUUCACAAAAGAAGAUUGGAUUAUCCGGUGAACCUGAUGAUCUUUGUGUCAUGCUCGGUCGGAGUUUGGAAUUUGAGUCUGCAGGGGCAUCUUGGUCUCCUGAAAUAGAUUACAAUAUUGAAAAUUCAUUUACAGAAGCUACUAAGAAGUCUUCUGUUGAAGCAAACAAUCAGAUGGAAGAGAAGACUCCGAAAAAUAGUAAGAGCACAAACGGUAAGAAUUCUGUAGGUCCAGGAACAAUUAAUUCAGCGAAACAAUUGAGGUCUAAAGGUUUGCAGGGAUCUGUUGCAAAGAGCAAACUUGACGUUUUAUCUCAGCCCAAGAAAUCAUUUCCUACAAGUAGGCCUACAAUUCCAAAGAGCAAAUUGGAAAAGGAAGAAGAGGCUCGAAAGAGAACAGAAGAAUUGUUGAUUCAACGCCAGAAGAGAAUCGCUGAAAGAACUGCAGGUAGUGGUCUCAGUCCCGCAGCAUCUAAGAAAGUCCCGGUAGGAAAUAAAUUGGCAUCUCCAAAGUCUGACAAAAAUCACAUUGUGUCCAAGUCUAAUCAACUCAAGAAAACAAGCAUGAAGGUAAUGGGUAUUGUCAAUGGCUAGAUCCUCCAUCAACAAAUCCCAGAACAAGGUUUAUAUGGUGUUUUUAUGCAAUUUGGAAGAGAAUGAGAUGAAAUUUCACACUGGGUACACAAGAUUCAACCCCACCACUACCUAGUUUUGAAUGAACAUGAAGAUUCACUUGAGAAUUUCUCAAGAUGCUGCUAUUUCUUUGGAAGAGCCUCAAAUCACUUUCCUGUUUCCGAUGCAUUCUUUGAGUUAUAUUCUAUACUCCAUUGUGGAGUCUUCUUCUACUUUAGAUAUUGCCGAUGUAUGUGUGUAGUUUGCUAUGGAUUGGAUGAUAUGGUCUGUCGUGUACAGGCGCUAAGCCUCCGAUAUAGUUGGCUCAUCUGAGUUGUAUAUCGAAAUUGUUUCUACUGCUAGGAGGAUCAUACUAUACUCCAGUAUUAGAUGUUGUUGAUUUAUAAACUUUGUACAACUUCAUUGAUGUAAUAAAUUUUCCUAGCAGUGAGCUUUUCUUUAUGUUGAAUCAA